AUGGAAAAAUUUGGAUAUUACUCCACUUUGAAAGCCAAGAACCUGGCUACAUUUUCAUAUUUUCUAGAAAUAGAUAUCACUGUUCGUAAAGAAUUUCCUGUCACCUCCAUACCAAAUAUUGACAAAUUUUAUGAAGACACAGAAUUCACCGAUUUUCACCUGCAUGCCACAGAUGGUAAUGUGCCAAUGCACAAAGCACUCCUUGCAGCAAACAGUGAUGUGUUCAAAGCAAUGCUGAACGGAGAGUGGAAAGAAAAAGGAGAAGGACAAAUCAACAUAGAAGGGGUGACUGUGAAAACACUUCAGCACCUAAAGGACUAUAUGUACCUGGGGGUGUUACCUGAUGAGGGCCUGGAAUCACUUCUAGUGGUUGCAGCCCGCUACUUGAUGGAUAAGCUGAAGGCUGAUUGCAUUAUUGGCAUCUUUGUAGUUAAUAUUCUGUGA